UAAAAAUCUCUCUUACUCUCAUGUUCUCCUUCCAAAGGUUCGUUUUUCUUGCUGUGGCAGCGAGAAUCGCCUCCGCUGUUACGGUCGGGCCUAUUGGCUCCUUCGUAGUGGCCAACAAAACCAUCGCUCCCGACGGUAUACCCCGCGCCGCUGUGCUCGCUGGAGGAACUUUCCCUGGCCCGCUCGUCACAGGAAACAUUGGCGACAACUUCCAGCUCACGGUCGUCGAUCAGCAGCAGGACAACCGCAUGCUCGAGCCCACGUC